ACUUCGAACCCCGUUCAAAGAUGCCCGGCCAUUCUGAGGGUGAACCAAAAGCUUGAUGAUGUAAAAUGAUCAAUAUUUAACUACGAGACGGGAAGACAAAUGCAUUUCAAAAGACAUGUUACUGGUCUUAUAUUUUGUUUCUUUUAUGUAGUAUCGUAUUUCACGAAUAAGUAUGUCCUGUCUGUCUUGAAAUUUACAUAUCCAACCCUAUUUCAGGGAUGGCAGACUUUUAUUGGGGGCCUGCUGCUUCUGCUCUCUGGGAAGCUUGGAUUGGUGGAUAUAAGUGGCUUUCCCAGGUCAGCAGCACUUUCCUGGCUUCCGGGAUCCCUCCUGUUUGUAGGGAAUAUUUAUGCUGGGUCCAGAGCUCUUUCAUGCUUGCCUAUCCCUUUCUUCUUCACUCUUCACAAUGCUUCUGAAGUGGUGAAUUGCCUGAUCCUGAAGUUAACCCAGAUGGAGCGAAUUCCAUGGAUGAAGCUAUUAAGUGUGAGUCUGCUGUUGAUGUCGGCCAUCAACCUCCCCCUCUAUGACCCUCAGUUUGACCCUGGUGGUUACAUGUGGGCCUUGGCACAUCUCUUCUGUGUUGGUGCCUAUAGAGUGUUCCAGACACACUUCAAGUCCAGUCAUUUGAGUGACCUUGAACAACAAUACAUCAACUAUUUGUUCAGUGUGUUGCUGUUGGCCUUCGCUGCACACCCUACUGGUGACCUAUUUGGUGCCUUGGAAUUCCCUUUCCUCCUGUCCCCAAGAUUUCACAGUGGCUGUUGUGCCAGUGCCUUGUUGGGUUUUUUCUUGCUGUUGGCAUCAGUCAAACUAAAGAGUGGUUUAUCCCUUGAGCACUGCGGGGUCUGGAUCUUUUUGUCCAAGGUGUUUGCCACAUGCCUAUCCCCACUUGUUUUUAACAAUGAAGUUAACACGGCAUCUUUCUGCUGUGUUUUCUUCAGCCAUGUUGGAGAAGCCCUGCUGGUGUACUCUGAAAGUACUUCCCAAGUGCGAUGAGACCUUUGCGAAAGAAACUACUUCUACCUCACUGAAUGUUUCAACGAGUUUACUUGCACUCAAUUUCCCACAGUGAUAUUUUUUUGCUUUUGGAACAUAUAGCACAAGAAUGUAUGCUUCAAUUGAGAUUAUUUUUCAUUUACUGUGCCUUUUCUACAACUUGCUGUAAAGCAGAAAUAAAGAUUCUAUAUAUUUCCAUUAAAUACAAUUUCCUAGGAUGUGAUAUACUUGAAGGUGAGUAACAAACACAUUUAUUUUGGUGUAUUUGUAGAAAAAAAAAAACACAAAAAAAAUGAUUCCUUGGCUGUCCCCAUAG